GCCUGUCACGGUGAUGCAGAGGAAACACUGACACACGCUGCUGCUGAACUGUAGUUAACCCCCGGCGUUCCGCUUCGCCUCCGCGGUUGUCGGUGUGAAACCUGCCGGAGCCGCAGCGGACGGUGGGUCCUUCCCAGGCGGGAUCAGCAGACGCAGGUACAGGCUGCAGGGAGCGUGAUCCGGCCGGAUGUGAAUCUUAACCUGGACGCUGGAUUUAAACAUCUGUUUCUGGAUCUACGGGGCGCUUUGUGUUUCCGGGUUGUGUGUCCGUGAAGGCUCCACCGGCGCCCGGUUCUUGAUGCGUCGGAGGCCCCGGGGAGCUGAAACUGCGGAGCUGGGCUCUGGCACCGGGGAAUUGAAGGACUCGGCGUGAUUGGACCCUGCGGUUCCGUCUACCAUGAACCCCCUGAACCAGAUGAAGACAGGACUGCCCAACAACCCUCACAGCGACGGCUCGUAUCCCUACGACCCCUCCAGCUGGCAACAGCCCACCAACCAGCCCACAGGGUCUCUGUCUGUGGUCACCACUGUGUGGGGAGUCACCAACCCUUCAGGCAGUCAGGGCCUGGGUGGGGGUGUGAUGGGCCCUGGGACCAACCCUGGAGGGGGUCCCAUGAUGCAAGGCCCAGGGGGGCCGGGGAUGGCUGGUGGACCCGGGGGCUACAUGGGCCAGCCAGGAUACGGAGAGCCCAGUAAAGGCUACAUAAACCAGGGCAUGUACAGCCGUUCGAGUGGGGGCUACGGCGGAGGACCGGGGGGGUACUCGGGCAGUUAUCCGUCAAACCCCGGAGGCUCCAGAGGCUCCGCUGGCUUCUCUCAGGCUGCAGCGGCAGCUGUUGCAGCCGCCGCUGCCACAGCAACCGCCACGGCCACGGCCACUGUAGCCGCCAUCCAGGAGAAACAGAACCAGGAAAUGAACUACGGACAGAUGGGGGGUCCAGCCUACAACAGCCAGUUCAUGUCCCACCCUGGCCCUCGCGGCCCUACUGGCAUGGUUCCUGGAGGUAUGGGUCCUAGUCCGGGCCCCACCAGGGGCCCACCCUCCAUGGGAUCAAUGUACGGAUCCGGGGGGCUUCAGCAGAGGGUCCCUCAGCACCCAAACUACGGGCCUGGACCCCAGCAGGGACAUCUACGGCCCCCGCAGGGCCUCAAACGGCCCUACAACUCUGAGACAUUCCCAGGAAUGUCCCAGCAGUAUGGCGUUCCCGUUGGUUCCAGUGUGAACGUCAUGACUGGCUCCGGUGGCCCUAUGUCGGGCUCAGGUGGAGGCGGGCACACUGGGCCCGGCUCGUACCCCAACUCCAACAUGCAGUACCACCCAGGUCCCGCUGGCCCUGGCCCCCCGUGCUCUGGCUCCUCCCCUUCCUAUCAAGGUCACAAAAUGCCCCUCUCGCAGUACCCCCCCUCUGGAGCCCCCAGCUCGCAGUACUACAAGCAGCAGGACCAGUUCAACAGCCCGGCUGGGGGUUUAAACGCGCUGACAGCAGGGGGCGCUGGUGGAGUCUACGGCACCUACAACCAGCUUUCAGGGCCUGGACGGGGAUUACCGAACUACCCCUCCUCCCCCGUUCCCGGGAACCGGACUCCUCCCAUCACCCCCAGCAGCUCCAUGGCCCCGCCCUACAUGUCGCCAGGCAACAGUGACGUGAAGCCGAUGCCAUCCUCCUUCCUGCCUGACAUCAAGCCCAAUAUGGCUGGCCUGGUCCCUCCCACACCUACGGGCACACUACACACAGGUAACCCGAGCGAUGACCUGCGGCUGACGUUUCCUGUCCGAGACGGCGUGGUUCUGGAGCCCUUCAGGUUGGAGCACAACCUGGCUGUGAGCAACCACGUGUUCCAGCUGCGAGAUUCCGUCUACAAAACGCUCAUCAUGAGACCAGACCUGGAGCUCCAGUUUAAGUGUUACCACCACGAGGACCGGCAGAUGAACACCAACUGGCCCGCCUCUGUCCAGGUGAGCGUGAACGCCACUCCCCUCACCAUCAAACGGGGCGACAACAAAACUUCCCACAAACCCUUGUACCUGAAACACGUCUGCCAGCCAGGAAGGAACACCAUCCAGAUCACCGUCACCGCCUGCUGCUGUUCUCACCUGUUCGUCCUCCAGCUAGUCCAUCGUCCAACCGUUCGCUCAGUCCUACAGGGUCUGAUGAAGAAGAGGCUGCUGCCAGCAGAGCACUGUGUCACCAAGAUAAAAAGGAACUUCAGCAGCGGGUCAAUUCCCGGGACCCCCGGGUUAAACGGAGAGGACGGCGUGGAGCAGACGGCCAUCAGAGUGUCCUUAAAAUGUCCCAUCACGUUCCGACGCAUCCAGCUUCCCGCCAGAGGUCAUGACUGCAGACACAUACAGUGUUUUGACCUGGAGUCGUACCUGCAACUCAACUGUGAGAGAGGAACCUGGAGGUGUCCCGUGUGCAAUAAAACGGCACUGCUGGAGGGACUGGAAGUAGACCAGUACAUGCUGGGAAUCCUCGUCUACGUCCAAAACUCUGACUACGAGGAGAUCACCAUCGACCCGGUCUGCAGCUGGAAGCCUGUUCCGGUCAAACCCGACGUCCAUGUGAAGGAGGAGCCGGAUGGUCCGGUUCUGAAGCGUUGCAAGACGCUCAGCCCGAGCCACAUGGUCCUUCCCAGUGUCAUGGAGAUGAUCGCAGCCCUUGGCCCCACCCCUUCCAGCACAUCGGCUCCGCCCUCCUCCUCUCCGAUGCCCUACCCCUCCCUGCCUGGGGGAGGCAGCAGCAACACGCCGGAUUUCCCCUCUGCAGCUCCCUCCUUUCCAGCUUCGUCGGCGCCGUUCUCAGACUUCAGCGGACCCGGAUCUCCCAGCAUGGGGAACUUUUCCUCCCCCGGCCCUCCUCCCCUCUCCUACCAGUCGGAGUUCUCCAGCGCUCUCCUCACCCCGGACAAGCCCCCGCCCCACCCGCUGGCACCACAGAUGUCAGGCCGUCUGGACUCCACUUCCCAUGGUGCACCUCUGUCCCAGCAGCAGUCGCAGGGUGUCCAUGGCAGCGGUCAGCUGAUGCCCCGCGGCAGCCAGAAUCCUCGUCUCCAUGGCGACAGCUCCUUUGGGCUGGGGGGAUCUGCGGAUGUUCCAGAACCGUCUCUAGAUCUGCUUCCAGAACUCACCAACCCGGAUGAGCUGCUGUCCUACCUCGGCCCGCCGGACCUCCCCAACAACAAUGAUGACCUGCUGUCUCUGUUUGAGAACAACUGAUCCGGACCGGACGCCACUGGCCUGGACCGGGCCAGACGCGCCAGGCAGAUUGGACCGCUUUUACACACAGAACCCGUUUUAGUGACGCAGAACUCGAUGGUGGAUUUAUUUUACUGUUUUUAUCUGAACUUUUAUUCUUCGUUCCUUAUCGGCCCAUUAGAACCAUGACUUCUGUGCUGGCCCGGUCGAAGCUUUCUGGACCCUCUGAAGGAAACCGGGUCGUCUGUGCGUUCUGAACCAUUUGAAUGGGUUCUGUUUGUCGCAGCAGGUGGAGACGGGUUAAAGGAUUCCUCUGGGAUUCAGUCCUCUUUCUGGCUCUGGUUCUGGUUUGUUAUUGUUCCGGACCUACAUUUGGAACGCCGAACUCUGAUCCCUGAUCAUUUCCUCCCUGUGGUCAUCAGAACCAAGUGGUUCUCAAUCAGAACCGGAGCCAUCCUGGAUCCAAAGAGCCUUUGGCUUUAAAACCAGAAGGGUCUCUCGGCCAAUCAGCAGCUCUGGCUUCACGUCCAACUUGGAGGUGGUUUUCCUCCUCCGUCUCUUGAACUUUUUCUCGUUUGGACUCGGUUCUGUCUCCCGUGAUGUGAGGCUUCAUCUUCGUCCACCUCAUCGUCCAUCGUGGUUCCGUCUAUUGUAAAGUGCUGACAGAGUCCGUCAGCUUCUGCUGAGUCACCGUAAAAUGAAUAAUGAGAUUAUUAAUCUUUGUAAUUUAAUAAACUCACACUGGAACGUC